UAUAUUAUACUCGUGGGAUAGUUUACGAAGAGAAUGCAAUCACUAUAUACGUUUUAGUUUACUUAAAUUAUUUAUCUAUAAACUUUCUCUAAAUAUCUUCUUGUUGUUUUAUUUAAAUAGGUGUUAAUUAAUCUUGGCAUAUACAAUUAAACAAUUUUAAUUCUCAUGGCGCAUAGAAAUGUUUAUCAAAGAUUGGGAUAUCGCAUAUCGGAAGAAGUUCAACUUUUAGCCGAAGAGAAAUGGAUAGUUGAAGCUUUAACUAAAAUAAAAAAUCAAAGAAAUUGUUUACAGAUAGAGAGACUGCAUCUCGAAAGUUUAAAAGCAAAAAUAAAAGGAAAUACAAAAAAAGAUGUCGCAGAAACAAGAAUAAAAGACAAUGAAAAUAGUAUAGCCACAACUUCAGCAGUAUCCAUGAUGCAGCAUGUAAAUACAGGGAAGAGUGAUGUUGAAACUGAAAAGAAGGUAUUCUCAGUUACCGAGGCUUUUUGCAAUGAAGAGGAACUCGAUUUAAUGGUCACCGAUCCAAUAUUGCUUGCAAAUCCGAGUACAUCAGACUUUAAUAUGGAGGAAGACGAAGAUGAAAGUGAUGACGACAUGUUUAUUGAUAUGAACAUGUUGAUGAAUGGGAAUUUUCAGUCUCGCAAGAAAUAUGAUCAAAAUCAGUAAAUGGUUAUAAAAUGAUGCAGUAUUUUUAUAACAGCUUUGAAAUGAUAAGGCCUUUGUAAGAACUGUCUAAUUAGGAAAAAUUAUAGUUCUUAUAAUAUGUGA